AUGACAGCCACCAGUUUGCGGAAAUCUGACGAACCAGGUACGACUACGCCACAAUCGCCAUGGUCGCCGCCAAAAAUUCAAGUCGCCGACCUAGAAGAAUGGUCAUUGCUCCUACAUUCGACUUCUCGUCCAGUGCUUGUCCACCUUAAUGCGGAUACAACAUGGCUCUUACAACUCCCAUACCCGUCAUCCACAACUCCACCCCCAGGUCGCUCCAGGUUCAACAUCCUGUUGGACCCAUGGCUUCAAGGGCCACAGAGUGAUGUUGCGUCGUGGUUCAGCACUCAGUGGCACGUUGUUGCCCCAAGCGUUGCCACUAUUACCGAGUUGAACAAGUUACUACGAGACACUGAGGGUCGUCCCACAGCAAGUGACACAAACAACGGCCACAACCAGCUGUCCGGGUCGAAAGCCCAGCCACUUGCCCACCAGGAGAAUGCGUUGAAGCAGUUGGAACAGUUGGAGCCCGAGACGGAGCCAGGGCCAUCGGAAGAACAUGGCGCUGUAUCGUUUAUCGACGUUGUUGCAAUUUCCCACGAGUUUACUGACCACUGCCACCGAGCGACAUUGGAAGAAUUACCUCCCUCUACGCCUGUGUUUGCUGCCGAUGUGGCCGCGGACCUCAUUCGUAGUUGGGGCCAUUUCGACCAAGUCAUCACGACGCCAGCUCUAGGUAGCGGGGUGGAAUGGUCCCGACUGACAGUUGGUCCAUUGCCAGAUUGGGUGGCCAUUGGGCGUGUAAUCACCGCAGGAAACGCGUUGUAUUAUCAUGCGGCAACGCUUGUUGCCUUUGACCUACAAGCCGGCGAUGGUUGCGAGGCUGUCAUCUACUCACCCCACGGCAUUGACAGCAAAGAUUUGACAGAAAUUGAGUCGUCCCGCAUCAAAACCCUGGCUCUCCUUCAUGGCUUGCACGAUGUGCGCAUUUGGAUGACCAAACAACUAAAUCUUGGCGCUUUGAAUGGCAUCAAGGCUGUAAGUGCCUGUGGUGCAAAAUAUUGGGUUGCGACACACGACGAGGUCAAGAAAGGGGGUGGGUUUAUCGCUCCACUCCUCCAGAGAACCUCCUAUACCUUCAAAGAUGCUCUUCGCCACGAGGAAGAACGGCUAAAACACUCGGUUGAUAAACAGUUACCGCCAUAUCAAUUUAUAGAGCUCGGUUCAGGAGAUGGUCUUGUCCUCAUGUAG